AUGAUCGACUUCUCACCAAAAGCCACCCCCUCCAUCUCCAUAACCAUCGACGACGACGCCAUCCCCCUCGGCGAAACCGACCUCGCAAUCCAUGAGCUCCAAAGUGUCGCAAAGGAAGGCAUCGCCCUCGGCGCCGGCGCCGCCGCAAUCCUCCUCCAGAUUGCACACCCCAUGGUUGGCCAGGGCGUUGCAGACCACAGCACCUUCGCCAGCCGCACCAUCAGCCGCACGCAGUACACGCAGAUGUACAUCUUCACUAUGAUCUUCGGGACGGCGGACGAGAAGGCCGCGAUGAAGGCUUGGGUGGACAAAGCGCAUUCGCGCGUUAAGGGUGAAGUGCAGAGCGGGGAGCGCAAGAAUGAGGCCUACGAUGCUAUGAACCCUACCCUCCAGCUUUGGGUUGCUGCUACGAUCUAUGCGUCUAUGGUGGGGAUGUAUGAGAAGGUUUAUGGUGAGCUGCCGCCGCUGAAGGCGGAGCUUGUUUACCAGGCUUAUGCGUGCAUGGGGACCUCGCUGCAGGUGCCAAAGGAGAUGUGGCCGGCCGAUAGACAUGCGUUUAAGGAAUAUUGGGAUGAUGUGGUGGAGAACCAGCUGUAUGUUACGGCUGAUGCGAGGGGGGUGUUGGAUGAGUUGUUUCAUCCGAAGGGGCUGCCGCUGUGGGCGAGACCGAUUGCUUGGUUACUACUGCCCAUUGUGAGGCCGUUGACGAUUGAGCAGUUGCCGCCGAAUGUGAGGGAGGGGUUUGGGUUGAAGUCGACGACGGCGACGAGGGCUAUUGCUGGGAUGUUUAUGUCGACGGUGACGGAAGAGAAUGAAGAAGCGUGGUGGGAAGUUGGUGAAGCUGUAGACUAG